CACACUCUGAAGCACAAGGUGGCGGUAGUGCGCCUAACACGCUGGUUGACAAAUGACGUUAAAUUUAAAAAGAAGAAGAAAACUCUUAGAAACGUAGAAGAAGAGCGCGGAGGCCUGCAUGAAAUUUAACAGGUUGUGAACGCCUCUGUGUUUACGACGUUCCUCAAAAUGCAGCACAGUAGCAAUAGGAUUGAGUAGAGUACAAUGUUGUGUUACUCUGACACUGUCAUACUACCUGGCAAGAGUUAACAGACAUGCCGUGGUGCCUAAACACCAAGCGGAAAUAUCAUUUUUAGCCAUACAACACAGGCUUCAUAACGCAGUGAAACCGCAUUUGUAUUUUUUUUUUAUCUAUAUAAGAGCAGUUUCUCCUUAUAAAUACGGGCUCAAAACGACCUGUCUGAAUCUAGACCAUGGUAGACAAUCGAUAUGCCACAGCUCUGGUCAUCGGCUCGGUGCUGAGCCUGCUGGCCACAGUGUACCUCUCUGUGGCUGUGGGAACUCAGCACUGGUACCAGUACAGCUGUACACCAGGGAAGGGGAGCAAUGCCUCCGAGCUCAAAGAGGAGUUCAUCAAUGGAGAGUUUGAUGAGAAGACUUACAGCGACACCAUGUUCCGCCUGAACGGCACCCUGGGACUGUGGUGGAGGUGCAUCCAGGUGCCAGGCCAGUCGCACUGGUUCAAAGAGCCAGAUCCAAAGAUGGAGACGCAGUGUGUGAGCUUCACUCUUCCUCAGCAGUUUAUUCCAAAAUACAGGUCACCUGGAAACCACAACAGUGAAGAAGAUCUGUUGAGAACAUACUUGUGGAGGUGCCAGUUUCUCUUGCCGUUGGUGUCUCUGGCUUUAGUCUUCCUCAGCGGCCUUGUUGGGGUCUGCGCCUGCCUGUGCCGCAGCUUCACCCCCACUUUGGUUGUGGGAGUGCUCCAUGUACUUGCAGGUGAGAGAAAUGCAUGCAUAUUUCGCAUUUUCCAGCCACAGAACACAGAAAAAUGGUAUGGAAAUGAUCUUACCCAAUUAAAAAAAUAACAGAAGGUAGACAUU